GAGCGAUCAGUAGCAAAAUGUGCGACGCAGUGCCUACACGACAAACUGUUCCAGUCAUCUGGCCGCUGCUGAUGGUGGCGCUGUUGGGAGCUGCUGUGGCCGGUGCCGAGGAGCCUGAUGGAGCGUGGAUGGCGCCAUUGCGGCAGCAAUACGGCUGGGAUACAAAUCAAUUGAAGAACAAAGUGCAGCAAGGUGAUGUGACCACAUACGAGCUGGGCACGCCCAAUUAUCAGAUCCUGAAUCCGGAAGAUGAGCCAGAGUUCAUAACCGAGGAUCAGCCGCACUAUCGUGAGCUGCUCCGGCGUUUGACCAGCUCCGCCAAUGCCACCGAUACCAUAGACGUGGCCAUGCCCAGUGCCAGCGCCAGUGGACGUAGCAGUGCCACAGCCAUUGACGAGUCCAAGGCGACGGCAACUGGCGAAUGGGAAAAGCUGAAGAAGCGCAGCUUUAACCAAGAGCGCCCAGAAAGCGAACGCCAGCAGGAGGUGGAAGCCGUGCCGCUCGAUGAGAGAAGCCGCCAUCCCAGGGUACAAGUCUAUGCCGGCGCCAAGCCAUUUCAGACACGCAUCGCCAACAUGAGUUAGAUUUAAAUUCGUUUAUUGUUGAAAUUAAUAUUUAAUUUGUUUUAAGACAACCCGUUCAAAAGUAUACGAAACUAACUUUCUUCAAGUGUCUGCGUACUGGCUGCACCCAAUUAUUUUGGAGCCAAAAAAUAGUUUACUUUUCUUUUAAAUUUAAAUUAAGAAAAACAAGACGAGAAUAUUAGUGCAUUUUGUCGGUCGCUCUUUGAAA